AAAGCAGGAGGUGCUGCUUGCAGUCAGGAAGAUGCUGCUGUGACAUGCGGACCUAGUCUGACGCCAGCGGCUCUCCCUGAAAGCCUGACCGCAGACCCAGUGUGCUUUUUCUCCUUCCUCUCCCCGCCUCGCUGCUCUCCUCCGGUCCGGUUUGUGUCGCGAUGCCUCCGGCCGCUCGCUCGCUCCCACUGCGCGGCUCCUUCCCUGCGGUUCUGUGGAUGUGGCUGCUGUGGAGCAGCGUCUCAGCAGGAGAUAAAGAGGUCCCCACAGUCCCCCCCUCUGUGGAGUCUCCAGCGGUGACGACGGCUGACACAAGGGAAGGCAGCAUGAAAGGAAAAGCUUCCAGCAUCGCAGUAGGAGGUUUACUACACUCAGUGCUGGCCCACAAAGGACGUCUCAUGUCCAAGAAAGGGGACAUCGUCCCCUCUGCGCUGCCCCAGAAUCUGCUCCCUCUCCUGGGCAGAGGGCUCAGUGUCAGCUCCUUCCAUGGAAGUAACCCCAAGGAGCAUCAAAGCGGGGAUUUACCAACGAGGGUAAAACCCCCAGAAUCAGCUGUGACGUUGGAACAAGACAGGGAUCCAAGUCAACCUCCUUCCACAGAUUCACACUCUCAGCUGCCUGAAACAUGGACAAACCCUCCUGAACCCGACGCUGAAAUAACCACGGUGGGAACUAGACUAGAUGUGGACACUGAGACACCUUCACCAGCUGCAUCCAGCUGCAUGGUUAAUUUCACAGACCCAGAGGGAUACAUAGACUCCUCUGACAACCCGCCUCUGCCUGACGGCCUCUUCCUGCACUGCACCUACACUGUGACCGUCUACACCGGCUACGGAGUGGAGCUGCAGGUGAAGAAUGUGAAUCUGUCAGACAGCGAGCAGCUGUCCAUCAGAGGUGUAGAUGACCGCGGCGCCAUGCUGGUUCUGGCCAACCACACGCUGCUGGUGGAGGGUCAGGUGAUCCGCAGUCCCACCAACUCUCUGUCCGUCUACUACCGCUCCGCCCCAGAGGGCAGCAUGGGCCUCUUCCAGCUCCACUACCAGAUUUUCAGGCUGAGUUGCUCACUUCCAAAGAGACCUCACUUUGGGGAGGUGUCAGUGCUGGAUCUGCUCCCAGGAGGCAUAGCUCGCUUUCACUGCCACAUGGGUUAUCACCUGCAGGGGAAAUCUCAGCUCACUUGCAUCAACGCAUCGCUUCCGGUUUGGAGCGGGAAGGAGCCAAGCUGCAGGGCUCUUUGCGGAGGCACAGUAAAGAAUGCAACAGUAGGGCGGGUGCUGUCCCCAUCUCCCCACCAUGGACCCAAUGCCACUUUGGACCGUUCCUGCUCCUGGUCUCUGGAGGCACCAAAGGACCAAAGGCUGCAUCUUCACCUAGAGAGGCUGGCCCUGGGACCAACGGACCGACUGGUGUUAUGGAGUGGCCUGGAUGCCGGUUCUGUCGUGCUGUUUGAUUCGGGCCGGGGCGGACAGAUUCCCUUUGAGGGGGUUAUCAGUGAGGGUCCAGCUGUGAGGGUCCAGUUCAUCACCGAUCAGCCCAACCAUGAGACGGGGUUUAACAUUCGCUAUGAAGCCUUUGAGCGCGGCCACUGCUAUGAGCCCUACCUCCAGAACGGAAACUUUACAACAUCAGACCCCUUGUAUGCCGUCGGAACCGUUGUCCAAUUCACUUGUGACCCGGGUCAUUCUUUAGAACAAGGCCCUCCAGUGAUAGAGUGCAUAAGUGCCAGGGACCCGUACUGGAACGAUACUGAACCUAUCUGCAAAGCCCAGUGUGGUGGCGACCUGACGGGUCCAGGAGGAGUGAUUCUGUCCCCAAACUGGCCUGAAUGGUACGGAGAAGGAGAGGACUGCAGCUGGAGGAUACAUGUUGGAGAAGACAAACGAGUGCUGCUUGAUGUUCAGCUACUUAACAUCAGUGACAGCGACAUGUUGACCUUCACUGAUGGGGAUGAGGUCACGACUCGGAUCCUGGGACGCUACGUCGGAGGCAGCAGCCCCUUCAAACUGUCCUCCACCACGCCGGACUUGACCGUCACCUUUCACUCCGACCCUGCCGGGCUCGUCUUCGGAAAGGGCGAAGGUUUCAUCAUCAAUUAUAUGGAGGUGUCCCGAAACGACUCCUGUCCUGAUCUGCCUGAGAUCCAGAACGGCUGGAAGACGACUUCACACGUUGCGUUGGUGCGGGGAGCCAGAAUCACCUACCAGUGCGAUCCUGGCUAUGACCUGGUGGGGCGGGAGACCCUCACCUGUCAGCUGGACCUGUCCUGGAGCUUUCAGCCUCCCUUCUGUGAAAAAAUCAUGUACUGUUCCGACCCGGGUCACGUGGAGCAUUCGACCAGAACUCUGUCUGACCCUAAACUGUUGGUCGGCACAACCAUUCAGUACAGCUGCAACCCCGGCUUCGUCAUGCAGGGCGGAGCCACCAUUACCUGUUAUGGUCGUGAGCCAGGGACGCCCGUGUGGACUUCUCGACUUCCUCAUUGUGUUUUUGCAGAGGCGACUGCAGCCUCCCCUCUCAGUGGAGGAAAUAUAGCACUGGCCAUCUUCAUCCUGGUUCUGCUGCUGUCUGUUCUGCUCGGAGGGGUGUAUGUUUAUGUCACCAGAUGCAGAUAUCACACCAACCUCAGGAUGCCUCUAAUCUACCCCCACCCGUACAGACAGAUCACUGUGGAGACAGAACAUGACAACCCGCUCUAUGAGACAGGAGGACAGGACACUCGUGAAUAUGAAGUAUCAAUAUGAGACAUUUCUAAAGAGACUAACCACCCA